CCCGCGGACUCUGCCCAGCGCCGCCGCGGUGCUGUGGGGCUCCCGAGUCGGUCGGAUCCCGGGUCAUGGCGGUCCCGGGGCCCGCGCCCGGAGCUGGCGCUAGGCCUAGGUUAGAUCUGCAAUUUCUCCAGCGGUUCCUGAGAAUACAGAAGGUUUUGUUUCCUUCCUGGUCAUCACAGAAUGUCUUGAUGUUCCUGACUCUCUUGUUUGUGACUCUACUGGAACAACUGGUGAUAUACCAGGUUGGCGUGAUCCCCAGUCAGUACUAUGGGGUCCUGGGAAACAAAGACUUGGAUGGGUUUAAGGCACUGACAUUCCUGGCUGUUGUGUUCAUCGUUCUCAACUCCACACUGAAGAGUUUUGACCAGUUCACCUGCAACCUGCUGUAUGUGAGCUGGAGGAAGGACCUCACUGAGCACCUGCACCGCCUCUACUUUCGGGCCCGUGUGUACUACACCCUCAAUGUGCUUCAGGAUGGCAUCGAUAACCCGGAUCAGCGUAUCAGCCAGGAUGUGGAGCGAUUCUGCCGGCAGCUCAGCAGCAUGGCGAGCAAACUAAUUGUCUCCCCCUUCACACUCGUCUAUUACACAUACCAGUGCUUCCAAAGCACAGGCUGGCUUGGGCCGGUGAGCAUCUUCGGGUAUUUCAUCCUGGGAACCAUGGUGAACAAAACCCUGAUGGGCCCUAUCGUGGCGAAGCUGGUGCAGCAAGAGAAGCUGGAGGGGGAUUUUAGGUUCAAGCACAUGCAGAUUCGGGUGAACGCUGAGCCUGCUGCUUUCUACAGAGCCGGGCAUGUGGAACACAUGAGGACAGACCGCAGGCUGCAGAGACUCCUUCAGACCCAGAGGGAGCUGAUGUCCAAGGAGCUCUGGCUGUACAUCGGUGUCAACACCUUUGACUAUCUGGGCAGCAUCCUGAGUUAUGUUGUCAUCGCAAUCCCCAUCUUCAGUGGGGUCUAUGGAGACCUGAGCCCCACAGAGCUUAGCACGCUGGUCAGCAAGAAUGCCUUUGUGUGCAUGUACCUCAUCAACUGCUUCACCCGCCUCAUCGACCUCUCCACCACAUUCUCAGAUGUGGCUGGUUACACGCACCGGAUCGGGGAGCUUCAGGAGGCCCUGCUGGACAUGUCUCAGAAGUCACAGGACUGCGAGACCCUGAGAGAGACCGAGUGGGGCUUGGACAAGGCCUGUGGAUGGCCAGCAGCUGAGCCAGCAGACACAGCUUUUCUCCUUGAGCGAGUCUCUAUCUGUGCUCCCUCCUCUGACAAGCCCCUAGUCAAGGACCUCAGCCUGAAGAUCUGUGAGGGGCAGAGCCUCCUCAUCAUGGGCAACACGGGCACUGGCAAGACUUCCUUGCUGCGGGUUCUGGGCGGCCUGUGGGACAGCACAAAGGGCUCUGUGCAGAUGCUGACCGACUUUGGGCCCCACGGGGUGCUGUUCCUGCCUCAGAAGCCCUUCUUCACUGAUGGGACGCUUCGGGAGCAGGUGAUAUAUCCCCUGAAGGAGAUCUACCCUGACUCAGGUUCUGCUGAUGAUGAGAGGAUCAUGAGGUUCUUGGAGCUGGCAGGCCUGUCCAGCUUGGUGGCAAGGACAGAGGGUCUGGACCAGCAGGUGGAUUGGAACUGGUAUGAUGUCCUGUCCCCAGGGGAGAUGCAGAGGCUUUCCUUUGCACGGCUCUUCUACCUGCAGCCAAAGUAUGCAGUGCUGGAUGAAGCUACCAGCGCCCUGACAGAGGAGGUGGAGAGUGAGCUCUACCGAAUUGGCCAGCAGCUAGGGAUGACAUUCAUCAGCGUGGGACAUCGACCCAACCUGGAGAAGUUUCACUCCUGGGUUCUGAAACUCUAUGGAGGAGGAAGAUGGGAACUGACUAGAAUCAAAGUGGAAUGAAGUCAAAGGCGGGGAUGGACACCAGAGGAGAGCCGAACUCUGGGCAGACCAGCAGCCCCCCAGGGGAGACCAGGAAGAGCCCCAGGUUUGCCUCAUGGGUCCUGUGCUGGAGCCCUGGCAGCAGCUGGCUCAGCCCAGGGGGGGCCCUACGGGGAACACGGGAGUCUGUCUCCACAGGGCUGCUUCUGUGGCGCCAGCAGGGCCUCUGCUGGAAGUGCUGAUUGCUUACAAAUGAAUUCAGAUCAUGAUGGCUGAGAAAUACCUGAGUGUACCCAGUGUAAGACAUGAGGGGUCAAGGCGGGAAGGGCCAUGGACCUGGAGUGAAGACAGCCAGUUAAAUUUUAUGAUGAUAGAUUUUUAACUUUAUAAUUAACUGACCAUUUAAAUUUUAUAACUUUUUCUAGAAAGA